UAUAUAUAUUUUUAAGAUGAAAAUAAUAACUGUAGCAAAUAAAAAAAAAUAUAGAGCAAAAUAGAACAUGAGUUUAAAACCAAAUAAAAGAACUUUGAUUUGUGGAAAUGAAAUUCCUAUGAUUGGAUUAGGCACUUUCAAGCUCAAAAACAGUGUUAACUCAGAAGAGGUAUACCGUGUGCUUGAUGUAGCUAUUGAAUCUGGUUAUAGAUUAAUUGACACUGCAUCAUGUUAUAGAAAUGAAGAAGAUAUUGGAUUUGCACUGGAAAAACUCUAUGUUAAACAUAACAUUAAAAGACAAGACUUAUUUAUUACAAGCAAAUUAGCUCCUAAAGACAUGGGUUAUGAUUCUGCUAUUUCAACUGUUGCAGAAACUCUCUCUAAACUAAAAACAACCUAUCUCGAUUUAUACUUGAUACAUUGGCCUGCAAAAUCUAAUCUUUCACCUGUUAGUACAGAACACAGUGGUUUUCGCAAAGAAACUUGGAAUGCCUUUCAAUAUCUUUUUAAACAAGGUUCUCUAAAGUCCAUAGGUGUAUCUAAUUUUACGAAAAAACACUUAGAAGAAUUGUUUCUUUAUGCUGAUAUCCCCCCAUCAGUCAAUCAGGUUGAAUUUCAUCCUUAUCUUUAUCAAAAAGAGCUGUUGGAAUUCUGUCAUAAAAACAACAUUUUUCUUCAAGCAUAUUCCUCCUUAGGUACAGGACAGCUAGUUAAAGAAACUUUAAUUCAACAGUUAGCACAAAAGUAUCGUACUAGUGCAGCUCAAGUACUUUUAAAAUGGGCUUUACAACAAAAUGUUGGUGUUAUUCCAAUGUCAACUUCCACUGACCAUAUUAGGAGCAAUAUAUUGUUAAAUCAUUUUACAAUAAAUGACGACGAUAUGAAGUUAAUUUGUCAGCUUGAUCUUCAAAAACAUUAUUGUUGGGAUCCUACUAAUGUAAACUAAUGUUAUUUUGAAAAAAUAGUAAAAUUAUUAAACAUUUUUGUAAAAAAAAAAAAUUUUAAUUAGUAAAUAUAUUUUGAAAAGUAUACAAUUAUCUAUUUGUAAAUAAGUACAUGUCUGUAUAUUAUAUAUAUGUUUAUGUAUGAUUGUAUAUAUAAUUCUAUAAAUUGUUGGCUUUAAAAGAACUAAAGGUAAAAAAUAAUUUUUUUUUGUCAAAAAAUUUCAUUAUUUGUAGUUCAACAUUUCCGUCUAAAAGCCAAAAGCAUAAAAUUAAUCGUGAAUAAAAUAUUUUUUAAAUUACUGCAAAAACCCUAACUUAAUCGACUUUUUAAUGCAGAAUGUGCUUUUUAAUGUUUUAUACUUUUACUUUUCAAUUUUAUUUGUUAUAUUUUUUUUAUGGAGUAUAUACAUCUAGUGUGGAGCAGUGAUUGGUUACUGGAUAUACAAGUCAUGACAGUGUUUUAAUGCGCUCACUGAGCCCAUACAAAAUACUAAAAUGUCUCCGUCAGGACUUGUAAAUACAGUAAAAUACAAAAUUUAGCAAUACAAAAUAAUUACCAUAAAUUUAUGUUUUUCUGAUGAACUACGUUUUCUGAGGGAUGGUUUGUUGCCAGCCCAAACCAAAUCCCUCAGUCCAUGUAGCAGCACUCCUCGCAUGUUUUACCUAUUUGCCAGUUGAUGUAACAGCACUUUUUGCAUUUUCUACCUAUUUUUCCAUUGAUGUUUGUAUACAGUAAAAUAAUAAAAAAUAAAAAAACAUUAAUGUUUUUAUUUUUA